CUUAUCACAAUUACCAUAUGCAAAACUUGAAGCAAUGGCUUAUACAAUCCACUUUAUCUUUUUAAUCCAAAUUUGCACCAUUAACAUUAAUGUUGCUACAAGCAAUAACUUUUCUUCUAGACAAAAAUUCUCAUCCAUUCUAGUCUUUGGUGAUUCAACAGUAGACACAGGCAACAACAACUACAUCAAAACAUUGGGCAAAGGAAAUCAUUUACCAUAUGGAAAAGAUUUUCCUAGUCAUGUACCAAAUGGUAGAUUCUCUAAUGGAAAAUUGGUUAUUGAUUUCCUUGCAUCUAAACUAAACCUCAAAGACACUAUCCCUCCUUUUUUGGAUCCAAAUCUAACAAAUGAAGAGAUUCUAACUGGUGUUAGCUUUGCAUCUGGUGGAUCGGGUUUCGAUGAUUUGACAAUAGUUUUAUCUGGUGCCAUAUCAAUGUCCAAACAAAUUGAAUAUUUCAAAGAUUAUGUUGCAAAGGUUAAAUGUGUUGUAGGGGAAAAAGAAGCUAAACAAAGAAUUGAAAAUGCUUUGGUUAUUAUUAGUGUUGGAGCUAAUGACUUUGUUUUCAAUUUUUAUGACUUUCCAACUAGAAGAUUUGAGUUUAAUAUUAGUGGAUAUCAAGAUUAUACUCAGAGUAGGCUUCAAAUCUUCAUUGAGGAAUUAUACGAGCUUGGAUGCAGAAAAUUUGCUGUGACUGGGCUUCCAGCAAUUGGUUGCAUACCUCUUCAAAUAACAGCCAAGUUUGUAAGUUUAAAGGAUAGGAAAUGUGUGGAGAAUGAAAAUUUAGAGGCUAAGGUUUAUAACCAAAAAUUGGCAAAGCGAUUACUUCAAAUGCAAGCAACUCUUCCAGGAAGCAGAGUUAUUUAUACAAACGUCUAUGAUCCCUUUAUUCGCCUUAUUAAUCAUCCUCAAAAAUAUGGUUUCAAGGAAACGAACAAAGGGUGUUGUGGAAGUGGCUUAUUUGAAGUAACUCCACUGUGUAAUGAACUCACACCGGUGUGUGAUGACGCUUCAAAAUAUGUAUUUUGGGACAGUGUGCAUCCAACUGAAGCAACCUACCAAUAUGUUGCUAACUACUUCGAAAUGGAAGUCUUGCCAAAGUUCUAAUUUCAUAUGGAUUUGUAUAUUUGAUUCAAGUCUAGUGCUUUGUUAAAUUAAUUAUAAAGAAUAUGAGAUCCAUUUAGGAGUAUUUCUAUUACAUUUAUUUGUAUAAAAAAAUUCUCACUCUUACUAA